CUCUAUUUUGGAUUUUACUCGGGAUAUUCCAAUAGAGGAUAAUGAAAGUUUUAGAAAUAUUGCUGAAGGUGGCAGGAGUUAGUGGUUUUGAGAAAUUUAAUAAAGUUGUUUAGCAUUUCGUGACAGCUUUUGAAUUUGUGAGUGUUAUAUAGCUAACUAUGAUGGUAUAUCUGUUUGUUUUGAAUAGUGUGGAUGAAGGAGUCUUGAAAUUGAAUGGAUAUAUUGUACAAUUGUCGAUCUCUACUUCUUUAGUGUUCUUUGUGCACAAUAAUAUUUUAUUCAUAUGUUUUCCUUUGAUUUUCAAAAAAUAGGCAGAUCAAGUUUGAUACUUAUGGUAUAAUUGUGAGAAUUAAGGAUGUAACUGGAGAAAUAUUUAGCUUUUUAAUAUAAUUGAUGAAGCCAAUAGAGAAGUGGGUAAAUCAUCCAUCAUGGAAUUUCCGAAUCUUAUUGAAGUGAUUUAGAAAGAAUUUUUUGAAUUUUGAAAAAGACAAUCUUCAAAUUAAGCCUUUGUAUUUGCAUCAAUCUCAAAGAACAAAAUUAUAUAUCUUUUUAUCAAUGUAAUUACUCGGAUUGAACUCAAUUGUAAAGACUUUCUUUCACAUUGUUCUACUAAUUUCAGUUCUUUCGUAAUGAGUUCUGAAUAUUUGGCUAACAUCGAUAAGUUUGUUCUCUUCAAUUAGCACCUCCUCUUCUGAUUUUCUGGCCAUACCAAUUGUCAUAAUUUUUC